AUGCAAUCCCCAAUUCUGCUUAACCCAUCGUCGCCCGCCGUCUCAUACGUGCGAGGACACGGACCUGAUAGCCAUAAGCCCCUCCUAGAUGAUGAAUUCGAAGCCAAUGUACAUGCCGAAGUGAAAAAUCUUCGAGCAAAAAUCAAUGCCAGUGACCGAUUUCUUGUUCUAAGCCCUCAUGAGCCUUUUGAUACAUCCAGCGACUAUUACACUUCAUCCGUGGAGCAAAAUCUGGCCCUCAUCGCUGAUGGUCAGCGUUUCACCUCUUCUCCUGUGAAUUAUUACCUGGUAUUUUCAUACUUGAAAUCCCAGAUCCAGGAUCUUGCACCAAAGUCGAACCGUAAUUCAGUGGAAACUACGGAGCAAUUCUAUAUCAAGCAUGUGGAUGACAAGGGAGACCACCUAAUGGUGGCCGACGAGCUGAAUAUUAUCGGGAUCAUAGAUUGGCAAAUGGCUCGGGUCGUUCCUGCCAGUGAAGCAUUUGGACCAUCUUUGGCGACAGCAGAAAUGAGCGAUAUUUAUGACGGCGUGUCGUCCUUGACAAUUCAUGAUCACGAAUUAGCUCGCUUCUUGAAAGCUAAGGGAGCAGCUGAGUUGGCUGAUAUUAUGAGCAAAGAUGAGAAGCUACGAAGAUUCUUCUGUCUUGAUGUUGAUUUCCCUUGGGAUGAGACACUCCUAUUAAUCCGAGGCAUCUGGACUGCAUUUGGAAUCGAGAGAAACACGGACUGGAAAGCAUGGAAGAUGGAUAUGCUGGAUCAAAAUAUUCAUGAUAGACGUCUGAAGCAGAUUAUUGAUAGGUUCGGAGAAGGACCGUGA